AUGUCCAGUCCCAAUGUCAUCAACACUUCAAAAUUAGGAGAAAUAGUCCCACCAAAUUUACCUCGUUUGAAUAGAUCAAAUGGUUCAAGUGGUCAUAAUUCAUCAACUCAUACACCCAGAGGAAGUUAUAUCCCACAAUAUCUACAAAAUGAAUCAAAUUUAACAUCUCAAUUCAACUAUAGUUUCAUAAAUACUGAUUUCAUUGAUGAUUCUGACCCUCAAUUAAACCCAUCCUCAGUUAGUGCUUUUAGAAAUUUAACUUCAACUCCUAAAUCAAGUUUUACACCAAGUUCUUUACCAAAAUCUUUACCAAUUGAUUGGAAUCUGUUCAACAAGCAAUUUAAACUGAAUCAAAAGUUAAGACAAUCAAGAUUGAAGAAAAGAAAAAUUGGUGAACCUGAAAUUAAGAAUAAUUUUGAAAAUUUACCAUUCCAAGUUAUUGAUUUCAUUGCUGAUUGUGUUGAACAUCAAACUGAUUUAAUUAAUCUAAGUCAAACUUGUCGAUUUUUCAAUAAAAUCAUUAAUAAAAGGUUAUAUUCCAAAAUUAUUAUAGUGGAUAAUAUCAUAUCAAAAUAUAAAAAUUAUAAUUCAAAUUAUACACUGUUAGAUGUCAAGAAUUAUCCAAAAUUUUUAGCAACUUUACAUUCAAAUGAUGAAAUCUUAUACAUUAUUAAAGAAAUUAUUAUUGAUACUUCAUCUAAUAACAUCAGUUAUGAUCAAUUAACAAACAAUAUUUUUGAACCACUAUAUGAAUUAUUCAUCACUUCAAAUAAUAAUUUACAAAAAUUAGAAAACUUGGAUUUAAAUAAUUUGAAGAAAUUUGAUACCUUGUUACAAUUCAAUAGAAAUUACUUGAUUAAACAUAAUAAUAACAAGUAUAACUAUUAUUUAUCACAACCAGAUCAAUUAGACCAAGUCUUAAGAACUGAUUUAUUAAAUUUACAAAAUUUCCAAUUAUUAGAUUUAAAUGAUUUAAAUAAAUUACCUGAUUCAACAAAAUCAAUCUCUAUAUUAAUUGAAAAUAAACAUAAUUUUAAAACAGCUUUCCAAUUAACCAAAUAUGGUUGGUCCAUAUUAUCAAAUUUAUCAUCAUUACAAUUAAGUACAACAACAACUUUUGAUUUAUUUAUAAAUGAAUUAUAUAAAAUUUAUCAAAAUCAACCAAAUUUAAUAAAAUUAUCAAAUAUAAAACAAUUAUCAAUUUCAAAUAUUCAUAAAUAUGAAGAUGACUUCACAUCUCAUUCAAAUGAAUUAAAUUUCAAAAAAUUAAAUUCCAUAAUUGAUUUAUCAAAAAUUGAAGAAUUAGAAUUAAAAAUCAAAUGUUUUGAAAAUAUCCUAUGUAACAUUUGUAUCAUGAAAUUUUUCCAUGAUUGGUAUGAAAAUUUAUUAUCUCAAGAUGAUGAAUCAAGUUCAAUUACUGCAUUAUCAAUCAUAAAUCAAUCUCCUUCAUCAAAUUCAAAUAUAAACAUUCAAUGGGAUGAUAUCUUGACAAAUGAAAUAUUUCUACAAAAAUUUGGCAAUAAUCUUAAAACUUUUUUCAUAAAUUUAAAUGAUUUCCCAUUCAUACCUAUAUUUGUUAAGACCCAAGCAUUUGAAACCCAGGAUUCAAUGAAAUUACCAAUAAAUCAAACAAUCUUAGAGAAAAGAAAAAAAAUGUAUGAUUCCAUUCUUGCCAAUUUCACAAAUUUAGAAAAAUUAAUCAUUCCGGAUUUUUUUUAUAAUUGGUUAGUUUAUAAUAACAUUAAAGAUCUAACCACAGAUGAAAACUUAAACUAUUUAAAUUACUUGGAUCAAUGUAAUUGUGAAAAUUGUUGUGAGGCAAGAUUGAUUUUUAAAACAAAUUCAUCCAAAACUGCAUUUAAAGAUUUUAAAGGACGUUUUAAUUCAAACCUAAACUAUAAUACACCUGGACAAACAUAUUAUAAUAAAUUAAAUGAUUCCCCAGAUUCUUAUAGAAUUUUUUAUAAUUAUUUAAUUAGAGAAUUAAAAUCAAGAAUCCCAUUAAAACAAUUAAAUAAGAUUCAAAAUUCUUUAAAACAUGAAAAAUUCCCACCAAAUCAAAUUCAAAAUUCAAUUAUUAGUGAUGAAGAUUUCCAACAUAUAAUAAAAUUAAUUAUUCAUUCAUUGAGACCUGAAAUUUAUAAAAUUUUGAAAAAAUUACCUAAAAUUAAGAAAUUUAAUUUAGGUGGGAUCUUAUUUGAUUGUUAUAGAAUUUCGGAUAAAGAAGUUUUUGUUAAGGCUGUUUAUGAUGAUUAUAAUGAGGUCUUUAAAGCUUAG